CCCACGGUUAGUGCACAGUACGACAUGUCUGGUCACACACAGGCAAAGUCUUUCCCCAACCUCAAUGGAAAAAAUGCUUUUAUCUCCCGUAUUUAUAAACUCUGAUGCCCAGCGUUUAGCCUGAGAGCUUCCUCUUGACCUGUGAGCAACACAGACACGACCGAGGCCGUGCCCUGCGCCAGGAGGGGGAAGCAGCAGAUCCCCCUGCCCCCUUAACACCGACAGAGCUCGGAGGGGAUAAAAACGAAGCUCAGAUGCCGGGAGGGAGGGGACGCGCCCAGCACCGCCCCAGCAGCCUCCUGCCGUGCUCCAGAGGGCCGGCACCACCGCCGGGCUGCCAGAGAAACGAGGCGAAGCUCCCCGAAAGUGCCGCGGCGAGCUGCCGGCCCUUCCCCACAGCGGGCAGGGCGAGAAGAUGGCGGCCGCGCCCCCCUCAGGAGCCCGCUCCUCAGAGGACAGCGGCGGGUGCUGGCAGCGGUGAGGAGGACGCGAGGCGGAGCCCUGUCCCCGUCCUUGUCCCUGUCCCCGGGCACAGCCUGCAGGGGGAGAUGCAGCCUCGGCUCCUGCUGGACCCCAGCGGAAGAGAGUGCUUCUCCAUCACCAGACCUGCCUACUAGAUCAGGUCCUACCUCAAAGAGAACCUCAGAAGAAACAGAAGAGGCUGCUCCUCAGGGCACGAUGCUGCAGAAGUGUUAAUGAAACCCAAGCUCCUAUCUUCAUGCCCUCUUGUGCUUGGCCAGGCAUGUCUAGGACUGCAUGGAGCUUCACGUCUCGCAGGCCUUCACUUCUUGGAGCUUGCUGAAAUGCUUCACACGAGAUUGAAUGAAAUCCUCACGAUCAUUACAUGCUUGUUCAAUAAUAGCACACCCCAGUCACGUCUCCUCGCAAGCACAUUUCGUUGGAAUCGCUGAGCAGAAGCAAAGAGGAGCUGACGACUAUGUGUUUCCAACGCGGGUUGCCGGCGCCCUGUGUUUGCCAUUGGCUGCAGUUUUCUGGUUUAUUUGCAGCUUCCCCCAUCUGGAAUAUGAAAAUGGGAUUGAAGUAGAUAAUUGCUAGCAGCGGGUUUUCGAGAGAGGCUUAGAGGGAGCAGAAUGCCUCUCGCACAGCACAGCCUGCCUGCGCUGGAAGAGCUCUGAGAGAUGAUUUUAGAUGUUCCCCACGUCUGAAUCUCCUGGAAACUUUGCCGUGGAAGCGAGCCAUUGCGCACAAUCCUGGAGCUCACAUCCAAAAGGGGCAAGGAAGGGGCAGCAGGGCCGAACAAUGGGAUACCUUGUCCUUGGAUUGCUUAGAGAAAAGCCAGCAAACGUUCCCCUCGGCUUCCCAGCAAAAAGGGCGUGAAGGGGACAAUGAACUGAAUUUUUCCCAGCGGAGCUUCAGUGGCCUCUCAGAAGGAUGGGAUACACUGACCCUUCGUCAAGCAGGGAUUUGCUGGGAAACAGAACUUUGUUCUUCAUUUUCAUCUGCGCCUUUGCCGUGGUCACCUUGCUGCAGCAGAUCCUCUACGGGAGAAACUAUCUCAAAAGAGGGCUGCAGUUUAGCUGGCAGAAUGGAGAGGAGUUGGCAAAUUGGACCGGCACCUUUAAUUUCACGGAUGACGGAGCAGUGAAGAGUGGCAGUGACACAGGCACCAGGUAUUUUGAGUUUUAUGAAGGGCCUUUGGAAUACAACUCCACCAAAUGCCUGGAAUUACGACAGGACAUCAUCGAGGUGAAGGUUUUGUCUAUGGUGAAACAAACUGAAUUGUUUGACAGGUGGAAGAGCCUCCAGAUGUGCAAAUGGGAGAUGAAUGUCACAGAAGCUAACCUAUUCAAGUCUACUUUGUCAAGGUGUUGCAAUGCCCCUGCGUUUAUGUUCACCACCCAGAAGAAUACUCCUUUGGGAACUAAACUGAAAUAUGAAGUGGAUACUAGUGGAAUCUUCCAUAUCAACCAAGAAAUCUUCAAAAUGUUUCCAAAGGAUAUGCCAUACCACCGCUCCCAGUUCAAGAAAUGUGCAGUGGUCGGGAAUGGAGGAAUUCUGAAGAACAGCAGAUGUGGCCGAGAGAUUGACAGUGCAGACUUUGUGUUUCGAUGCAAUUUGCCCCCUAUAUCUGAGAAAUACUUCACAGAUGUUGGAGUAAAGACGGACGUCGUGACAGUCAAUCCCAGCAUAAUUACAGAGAGAUUUCAUAAGCUGGAGAAAUGGAGGAAGCCUUUUUACGAUGUGCUCCAGGUCUACGAAAACGCCUCUGUGCUGCUGCCGGCUUUCUACAACACCCGCAACACGGAUGUCUCGAUCCGGGUCAAAUACGUCCUGGAUGAUUUUGAAUCUCAGCAAGCUGUUUACUACUUUCAUCCCCAGUAUCUCAUCAAUGUCUCACGCUACUGGCUAGGCCAAGGGGUGCGGGCCAAGCGGAUUAGCACAGGACUGAUCCUGGUGACUGCUGCCCUGGAGCUCUGUGAAGAGGUCCACCUCUUUGGCUUUUGGGCCUUCCCCAUGAACCCCUCAGGGAUUUUCAUAACUCACCACUACUAUGACAAUGUGAAACCUCGCCCUGGUUUUCAUGCUAUGCCUUCAGAAAUCUUCAACUUUCUUCACAUGCAUAGCAAGGGGAUCCUGCGGGUUCAUACAGGGACCUGCGGCUGCUGUUGACAAAGACACUGCUUCGUCUGAUGCAGCAGUGCAACAGAAACUCAAAGCCUGUGUAUGGUGUAGGAGGUUUUAUUACACCCUGAGAUUAUGCAAUAAUUGUUUGAUAUAAAUUUCCUCAAGGCAUUGCAUCCCAUAGGAUCUAGGAUACCAGCAUCCUUCCUGCUAGCAGAGUUGGGUCCGUAACAGUGUGGGUGAAGCAGAACUCCUCUGCCCCAGGGUAUGUGCUACCCUGGAAAGCAAGUUGGAUAAGAAGCACAUUUCCAAUAGGUUUAGAGAUACAGAGCACAUAAAUAUAGUUAUCAUUUCACUAUGAAGAAAAGCACCAAACUUUUGAGGAGAAUUGGUGGUGGAGAAUUUUAGCAUACUGUAUGACUUUAUGUAGGUUUCUGAGUCAAGUACCUUGGGGCAUUGCCAGAUUUUAUUGAAAGCACUGUUCUCUGGCAUUUGGGUUUUUGAAAAUAUUCUUUAGCAUUAUAGUUUUAAGGGCAAUUGUAUAACUUGAGGUCUUUGUUCUGUAAUGUCACAAAGUAUUGGUGAAAAAUAGCAGAUAGAUUUGAUAGGAACAAACAAGGUCACUUUAUGAAAUUAUUCAGCUGGGAUAGAAGAGAAUGUUAAGCUCCCAUUCUCUGCAACAUGUAGCUGUGUUGAUCAUGAUGUCUAAUUGUUUUAGAGCUUCUUUAUUCUUCUUUCCUGUGUCUUACCUUUCUGGUCUUCUCUGCUGAUAAUGUUUUCUUUCUCAUUGUCCGUAAUGCUUUCCUUCUUGCUAACGUAUGUGCAAUGUGUGCACUUUCUCCUACAGUGAGCAUCUCAGCUUCAGUUUGAAGUCUUUACUGAAGAAAUGUGAUUCUUCACACUUCUGCAGCCUUUUCUUGGGCUAAAUAACAAGGGGAUUAUGCUGGUUAGAUGUUCUGCGUUGAUUUUUGGUUCAAAUAUCACAUCAUUGGAUAGAAAAAGCAUUCCCUCUUCAAUUUUAUUAAAGACUUUGUGAGGGUAUCUGAUGUUGAUCUGCUGUUGUGCAGGUUGAGUUAAAUAUUUUCAGGUAUCUGUGGUAAGUACUUGCAGGAAAGGAAGUUAAAAGGCAGUGAAGAUACUUUGUGGCUUGGAGUAUGAUGCUUAUUUUAAAAUUAUGCAUUUCAAGACCUCAGGUGUCUUAAUGUGGUAUUUAUUUGUGUUGAGAAUGUUACUAGGAUGAUAAAAGGGCUGGUGUGUUCUUUAAAAGGCUGCCAAUGUAACUCAGUUAUGUCAAGCUUGAUUUUCCACCUGGUACAGUUAAACUGACAAAAUCCUGACUCAAAAACGAUGCCACAUGCUGCCAGAGUUUAUUCUGGCUGCUGAACCACGGUGCAGUAGGCUGCUGGCAUAUGCCCUUUGAUAUCGGUAUGACUGCAUACACAGGAUGGUGAGGUUUGCUGUUUCAGCUGUGCUGGCAUAACUAAAAUGAGCAGUUUUCUCGUGUACGUUGUUAGUCUGAAGCACUUGGGCUGUUGUCCAGUGCCUUGUCUUGUCGUAUUUAGGUUACAAAGAUUUGGGGUUUAAAGUACUCAUCCUCUGUGAGGGAUGCUUUUCUGUUUUGGGUGGGUGUUUGAAUCCAAAUAGGACUUGGAUUUUGAUUUUGUAAUGCAUGAAUGCACAAAGCUUCUUUUAAAAGCCUCUGCGCUAUGCUGAGAGCUCUGAAAGUUGCUCACACUAUAGAUAAAAUGGUCUAAAAGGAAGUGAAGCACGAUGGUCACCGUUUCAAAAGUCCCUACUGACCAGCAGCGACUAGGAUGGUAUGUAAGCCUGUAUUUCUUUUACACUAGACCCAGAGGUCUGAUUACUUUAAAAGCAAGCCAUGUUCUUCGUGAAAGAGUCAGAGCUCACUUGGGAAAUACCAGCCAGGAGUAGGUGAAGGGCCUGUGCUUAAGCUUUAUGUAUUUGUCUUGUGCUUUUGGUCUUGUGCCGCGUGUUGGUGAGCACCACCUCGUAUCAGCUAGCUGUGAGGUGUGCCGCGCGCCGAGGAUGCACUUGUACAUGAAAUGGUUUCCUUGAUUUAAUAUGCAAAAGAGAUCUUUGUCUUUGCUGUGUUUUGUAAAUUAAUGUGAAAAGGGCUUUGAUAAUGAAGUGCUGUAACAGAAGUGCUAUGUAGAGAGCAACGUGACCCAUAGGUUGGCCAUUUUGCUGUGUAUUAAGCUUUAUGAUAACAGGAAUGAUGCUGAAGCUGGUACGUAGAGCCCUUACUUCUUACUCUUCCUGAGUAAGGGUCUGGUAGUGUCUUCAGUAUUGCUUUGCUGCUGCUGCUUUGCUAAGGAUACGUUCUUUGGUAAGGGUUUUUCUUCACUAUGUUGAUUGGAGCGAACAAAAGCAUCUGAAAGGAGUCUGAUCUGUUGAAAGAGACACUUCAAAAAGAAGGGGAGGCACUUGAGAAGCAUCGGUAUGUUGGAAAAUAGCGGUGCAAAUCCCUGAUUAGUUGCAAAAAUCCUUUUGGACUUUUUGGAUAGGCAAAAGGAUAAGCAAAACUGUAAUUACGGCUAUCCUGUAAUUACAGGGACACAGACAUUUCCUUUCCUUUGUUUGCUUCAUAUAAAUGAGCAAUGUAAAUUCACCUAGGCGAUACUGUAAUAAGUGCAGUUUUACUGUGUUUAGAUUUUGCUGGGUUACAAGUCUAUAACUACUAUAUUUUUUUAGUGAUGUUAAAAAUGUCUGUGCAGGAUACUUGCACGUGUGCACCAAAGGCCCAGUCCUGCAACAUUUAUCUGAAAAGAGCUCCCAUUCAAGUGGAUGGGUAUUUUAUUUGUGUAGGGACUGCAGAAACAGGCCCAGACGUGCCUGUGACGGUGUACAUAGAUGUAUAGUUAGAUGUAGGGAGCAAUUAGCAAGCCAGAAAGAUACUUAAAGAAAUAUCUAUAAAAUAUGAAAUGCAUGUUGAGGCGUGUUUACUUUCUGAUUCACUUUUCAGGUGUUGCUUGAAAACAGGUUGAAAAAUGAUGGCAUUUUUGUCAGAAACGCCAUAUGUGGAAGCUUUCAGGUUUUUCUUGGCCUCCUUGCCUCGCAGUGGGCACUGCAAGCUCAGAUCCCUGCUGUCCUGCGUGCAGGAGCGGGGGGCUGAGGAUGGAAAUAGUGCAAGGAGGUUUCACCUGUGCAGAGGUUGCUCCCUGUGCAAUGUCACCAUGGGGCGGCUGAGCCAGCACUGACCAGCCGGAGCUUCUGCCCGUCCUGCUGAAACGGACGACGAGAAGGGCUGUUGCAGAAAGAAGGACCCUCCUUAUUUUCUGCCAUUAGUAGUUUUUGAUGUUUGUUUGUUUGUUUUUGAUGUCAGUAAUUUAUCUGAGUUUGAGGCUAUUUUGUUUCCUUCCCACCCAUAUGGUCAAAGCUCCAAAUGUUCAAUCUUAACCUUUUUUUUUUCCAAAGAACCUGUUCAAAAGCCUGUGCUCUUAGUCAUAUGGCCUGAGUUUUUGGGUAGACCUGUGUGGAGCCAGGAGCUGGACUCAAUGAUCCUUGUAGGAAUCAAUCCCCCAAUGCAAAAAUCUGAUCUCUCCAAGAAGAAAUGCUGUCAGCUCUCGGGUACCUCAUCCUGAGCCCAAGCUGUAAUCCCCACUCUGUUGAGAAUAUGAGAUCUGAGACAGGGAGAGAGAAAAUUACAAUAUUAUGGUUUAAUCACCGACUCCUGGUAGUAUUUAUGAGAAUCUCUUAAGAAGCUCCUGGGGUCUUCAUACACUGGCAAUGCAAAUUCAGUCAGAAAAACAUAACUAGGCUGGCUUCUCCUUGAUUGUCAGGUCGGCAGAGGAGGCUUAUGAACCUGCCAGCGCUUUCAUCAGAGGGAAGGAAGUAUUUAGCCAAAGUAGUUCAGCUGCUUGCUUUUGAUUUAUGGAAUCCAACUUUGCUCUUGGACAGGACAGAUUAAAUGGUGAGAGGUCCCUUGUAAUAUUUUAGCAUAUUUCCUGUGAUUGCAGUGGAGUUUUCAAAGAUAUUUCAGGAAUUGCAAAGGGGCAGCAAUGCCGUGGUGGCUUCUUCUGCUGGGACCUCUGGGAGGAGAGCCACCGUGGUGAGUAGGUAAUGACCACCUGGAAAAGCCACAUAAGGGGAAUUUGGGAGAUUGCAACCACAGCUCUGGUACAAGCCCUUAGUGCUGUGGAGUGUCACAGAGCUGACACGUGGAGCUUCACAGCUCACGAUGGCGAGGAGCAGCAACCCCGGUCCACAACAAAAACUACCCCUGUGCGGGCUCAAUUGGCAAGAAAUGGCUUGACGUGGCAGGGGGGAGCAAGCUCUGGUUAGCGUGUGAGGGAAGAUGGGGCGGAUAAAAGAUGUGAAAUGAGAGGGAAUCUGUCCUUUCAAAUUGAGGCCUAGUGGCUUGUCAGCAAGGCUGUAAUUUUACAAGUUUGGGUAGUGGAAAUGGAGAGCUUGGAAACGAUCCCUUUGCCCCUGUCUGGUUUGCAUCUGAGCAUGCAGAGAACUUUGGAGCUUUUACACAUACGUUGAGAAGGAAAUGCUGACAAUAUUCAGCAAUCCCUAGGGGCCAAAUUCCCUGGGGAAUUCUGGAGUGAGAUGAGGUUUCUGGAAUAAAGGAGUCAGCAUUUAUUCUUAGGACCUUUUCUAAAAUCCAGUGAAAUCUGUGGAAAGUUCAGUGUACUUCAGAGAAAGCCUCCAAAAUGGACCCCGGUCGUGGGCAGGAAGAGCAGCCUCUUGUUUCUUACUUGUUUAAAAAUACAUUUUUUAAUAUAUUGUAGAUACGGUGCAGUAGCAAUACUGUGUUUUUAAUGGUGUGUGUAAAGAACAAACUUAUCUGGAAGCAGAAAUGUUGUGACUGUCACUCUCCCUUCCAGAUUUCUGCACUUUCCAUCUUUUCAAACUCAUCUAUGCAAAGCAUUUCAUCUUGGUAGUGUAAGUCACUGUGUGAGGCUACAGCGAACCCCCCGUACCCAGCUGUAUGUGUGUGAAUCACAUGCCUCAAGAGAAGAGGUUUUUUUUCUGCUUGCUUGGAAAUACCAGCAUGGAAUUCGUCAGUGAUGUGAACACCGUGAAGGUGGGACUCAGCCCGUUCCCUCCGAGGCCAGCACUGUUUGCAUUUGGCUUCACUAGGAAAGCAUCGGGUCCAAAGCUUGUAAGGCAAGCCAAUAACCUGCAUCUCCGAAAACCCACCCUCCCAGACUAUAAUCGUUUUAUGUCUUAAUGUCAUCCCAUCUAAUGUGGGUGAGGCUUCUGGACAUCGCCGUGUUGUCUGCAUGGGAUCCCAAACCAACAAGCAAUUGUACGCAAGUGCUUUUUCAACAAACCCUAGGGGAAACCCAAAUGUACACUAAGUGGGGGAGCCCGAGUCCCAGGCCUGAGCACCUGCAGCGCUCCCCGAAGCCCUCAGCAUGAGAAACAUCAGAAAUGUGGGACUGGGCCGCAGUGGGAAGCUUCAAGAAAGGCAGGGCUGCCUCACCGCUUCAAGGACUGAAAGCUGUAAAUAUGUUACUGACGUGUCUGACUUUCUCUUUAGAAGCCAUAAAUGUUCUCGGUGUUUGAUCUGUGGGUAAGUUGAUGUGUGUUUUUAACUGUACUAAUCACUGUAAAAUGUGUUAGCAUGUAAAAUGGUGACAAAUUAAGCCAGCAAAAUCAGAAACUGUGUUGGCUAGCUCUUGAAAUGUCUGUUUUACCUGGAGCUGUCUGCAGUGAGAUGGACCAGGACACUGAAGUGUCCCCAUUGCUCCCUACGGCUUGUGCUGUAUGUCCCCUAUUUUCACCUGGUGGAAAUCAAAUACUUUGGAAAUGCUGGAGCAAAACCGUGUCUUUGUGCAAAGAGAGCUUGGGCUAGUACAAAAAUAAAGCCUGUUCCAUGAUUGUUAUUUGGUAAGGCGCUGACGGCGGGGGUGGACAAAUCCAAGAGGAGUCAUGGUAAUUUCAUGCUGAUGUUAAUGCCAUUGUGUCCAUUGAGUCACCUUUCUUUUUUCCAUCCUCCACCCUGUAAUUCUUGCUUACUGUUUAUGUAGCUGUAUUAUGGUUGUAAUAGAAAGCCUAUCAAUUGAUGUAAGCCAUAACUAAAGCAGUAAUCAGGGUAUCUUUUUUUUGGUCUGUGUCACUGUGUUUGAAAGAUGAUUUAAUUCUAUUGAAUAAACCACUUUAACAGUUUUAUGGGAAAGGCAA